AUGUCAGGCAACAAAGAAAGGAAGAAUGAUGCAGUUCUUAAAGAAGCUGUUUGUAAGCAAGAAACAUCAUUAACUGAUGCUGUAGAGCAAGUUGCAAAGCAACAACAAUCACAAACAUCAGAGAUAGAAAAAAACAAAACAGCCCUGUUCCAUUUACAGAAUGAACUUCAUGAACUUGAAAAACAAAUAGCAGCAGUCUCUGCAGAAACUAAAGAAACAGAAAGACAGAUUUAUCAGCAAGAUGCUGCCAUUGAGAAUUCCAAACUUCACUGUAGAAGCCUGGAAAUUCAAAUCAAGUCCCUACAUACAGAAAAUAUAAAGCUUAAAUUUGAUCUAGCAACAGCCCAAGAAGAUUUUGGCGAACAGAUGAAAAGAUAUAAUACAUAUUAUGUAAAAAUAAAGGCACAUAGAGAUAGUUUGGGGGAAAUAGAAAGAAAAUGGUCAUUUAUGGCUGAACUUUAUGAAAAACGAGAUCUUAUUAAAAAACUAAAGACAGUGAAAGAAGAACUUGGGCAAGACCUCCAAAAUCCAGUAAGAAACAGAAUAACACAAACUCAGGAAGAUAUUUCAAAGCUAAAGAAUAAGAUUGCAACCAUAAAAGAAUCUAUCAUUGAAACAACUUAUUUUCUUAAAGAAGAAAAAAAAACACAUGAAAAAUUAAGAAAAGAAAUAGAGGUACAGUAUAAGAGAUAUGAUGCAAUUCUAAAGCGUUUACAUUGUCAAGUGAACAAGCUUCAGUCAAAUAGAAGACAAUGGCAAUGGAACAUUCGACAACUGGAAAAAACUGCAGCCAAUCUAAGGAAAUCUAUAGGAAUGAAAAACUGACAUUGCCAUAGUGUAAUGUCAACAGAGACCAUGCCAACCAAAAUUUUGGGACAGAAUAUUAAGAAAAUCUUUUGGUUUCUUAAGCAACCACUGUCAAACCACUGUAUUAAUGGCAGAUAUAUUUUCUCUUUUAAAAUCAGUUAUCCAUUGGUUAAAGUAUUUUUCCAACCUUAUAAUGAAUAGCACUAAAUAGACAACAGCAAUCCUUCCAGGAGAAUAGUGAAAGAGUCUCUGUGAAUAUUUACAGUGUGCAGCCUAUAUUAUAUUGAGAAUGCCCAUUUAUAAAAAUAUAGUAUUGACUAGCCUUGUAUUCAAUACCCUAUAAAAAUUUAGAAGAAAAUAAACAAUUGAAUUUUCAGUGAUUUAAGUUGAGAUAUUAAAAAUGGUUAUCUGUUUCAAACUUUUCAUUAAAUCUUUCUUUUUUAUAAAUGCCUUUAUAGUAGCCCAUAAAUAUUAAUAUUCACAAUAAUGUUGUUAUAUGUUUAAUC